UCUCAGUAGCCUCUCCACCACUUGUUUUUCUACCAUAAAAUGGACCCAAAGCAUCUUUUCCUCUCCUUGUUCAACUUCUUUCUCCUUUCAGGACAACAAACAGUGUUGGGGUCAUCUCAUCGUCACCACCUUCCCCGCACACAUCAUGUCUUUGAUUUUAAACCCACAAAGCUCUUUGUGUUCGGAGAUUCAUAUGCCGAUACAGGGAACAUCGGGAAACCGGUAGCCAGUUCUUGGAAACAGCCCUACGGAAUCACCUUUCCCGGUAAACCAGCUGGUCGUUUCUCUGACGGCCGCGUCUUGACAGAUUAUUUAGCCAGGUUUGUGGGAGUGAAGUCCCCAAUACCAUACAGAUGGAGAAAACUAGGAAUCAAACACUUGAGAUACGGAAUGAACUUUGCUUAUGGUGGGACGGGCGUGUUCGAUACGUUAAUUGCGGAGCCAAAUAUGACAACCCAGAUCGAUUUCUUUCAACAGCUCAUAAAGGAUCAAGUGUACACACCUCAGGACCUACAGUUCUCUGUCGGCCUCGUCUCCGUCGCCGGAAAUGAUUAUUCUACUUAUAUUGCAAGAAAUGGUUCUGCUGAGGGUUGGCAACCAUUUAUUACACAAGUGGUGAAUCAACUUGCUUUGAAUUUAAAACGUAUUCAAGGCCUGGGAGUGAAGAACUUAAUAGUAUCAGGUCUGCAACCCUUAGGAUGCCUCCCUCAGAGCACCUUUACUUCCUCCUUCCAACAGUGCAAUGGAACCCAGAACGAACUCGUCAAUUUCCACAAUCUCUUGCUGCAGCAAGCAGUGGCAAAAUUAAACAAUGAAACUAAGGACUCUAAGAUUGUCAUUCUGGAUCUUUACGGCGCAUUCAUGACUGUUUUCAAGAGCAAAGGAGGCUCAAAGUUUGGGAAUCCAUUGAAGCCAUGUUGUAUUGGAACAAGCACAGCGUAUUCAUGUGGUAGUAUAGAUGGGAAGGGAGAAAAGAAGUACAGUGUGUGUGAGAAGCCGGAAUCUUCUUUCUUUUGGGACACGGUGCAUCCGACACAGGAGGGGUGGCGUGCCGUGUACUCAGUUUUGCACGCCAAUCUUGAACAGAUCUAAUCGUAGAAUUUUCGUUAUUAAAAAAUGUUUCAUAUGUAAUCCAUGCUAUCUCUUGAUUAAUUUGUUUAUCAAUUUCUUGUUUGCUGUAAUAUUGUCUGGGUUUUAGUUAAUUGAUAUGAAAUCAAAGAAAUAGUAGCGAUGUGCUAUUGUCUAAUAGAUUUACAAGGUUAGAGUUGCAGAGUCACUAUUUGUAAUAAAAUUUGCAUUUGAUUUA